CGCCGCUGCCGCCCCCUCGGGGAGCUCGCCGGGCCGCUGCGGUGGUGACAGUUUCUUUGGUGACGUCGGUGUGGAAAGGGCGCCACGCCCUUCCCGACCACAACGGCUUCUGCCUGCUUGUUCCAGUGUUUCUUUUGUCAGCGAGUCGGGCAGAGCUGUCACUCGGUGCCCGCCAGCCCGCAGCCGAGCCAGGGGCCCCCGGCAGAGAUGGUGAAGAUGACAAAGGCCAAAACUUUCCAGGCUUACCUGCCUCACUGUCACCGAACUUACAGCUGCAUUCACUGCAGAGCCCAUCUAGCCAACCAUGACGAGCUGAUCUCUAAGUCUUUUCAGGGAAGCCAGGGACGAGCCUACCUCUUUAAUUCUGUGGUAAAUGUGGGCUGUGGCCCAGCAGAGGAGAGGGUCCUUCUCACUGGCUUACAUGCCGUAGCAGAUAUCUAUUGUGAAAACUGUAAAACCACUCUGGGUUGGAAAUAUGAACACGCCUUUGAGAGCAGUCAGAAGUACAAGGAGGGAAAGUUCAUCAUCGAGUUAGCUCACAUGAUCAAGGACAAUGGUUGGGAGUGAGCGGAGGGCAGGCAGCAGGAGCCCGCCGGCCCGCCUCGGCCAGGCAGACAAGCCCAGCUCGAAGGACCUCUGACGGGCCCAGGCUUGCCGUGGACAAAGACGGCCCGACAGUUGUCACCUGGGGUUUCCAAUAGACUUUUUCAAACCUCUCUGGUCAAAUGAACUAAGUGGGGAUUCUCUUUCCUGGUCACUUCCUACUGUGACCUUGUGCUGUUAGAGCUUGUCCCUAGGACACCCCUGGCCAAGACUAGCAGAAAGUGGCCAGGAGUCUCUGGGAGGAGGACAGGGACAGAUAGAGACCCCAGCCCCCAGUGCAGGGCAGUGAAGGUGCUCAGGAGGGCCGCUGAGGCGGCCACGCUCCCGCCGCCUCCUUCCUACUCUUCAUUUUGUUUCUUUUUUUGUUCAUCUCCCCCCCCCCAAAAAAAAUCCAGAGGAUGUUGGUUGUAUUUUAUGUGGGCUGUUAACAAGGAGAUAGAUUUAAUGGAAGCAUCUGCCUUUUUCCGAAAGUUGUUUCAAGCCACUGCCUGCUGAACCACAGCGGGCACCUCCAUGCCAAUACUUGCCGGGAAAACCAUGGAACGUCACUUCCAUUUGGAUACUGAUGCGGUACCUUUAAUGGGAACCACCAGUGUGCUAACUUAUUCCCGGCUGGCUCCCCCUGGUGGCAGAGUUUAAUGCACUGAAAAAAGCAAAGGGAAAAAAAAAAA